AUGAGGUCUGGAAGCUGGGAGGAAAGAUGCGUUACAUUUGGAGGUCCCACCGAGAUCUCCCCUGGGCCCACCAGACUUCUGGUCAACGGGUCAUCUCUGAUUCCGAUCGGAAAACCGGUUCUAUCUGGAAGCUGGUGUGACCCUGGCGGACGAGCUAUAGGGCACCCAGCCGGGGUCAGUUGGAGACGUCCACUGACACUGGGGGCCUUUCUGGCCCAUCAGGACUCUUUUCUGUGGGCCACUCACGCCCAACGCGCCUGUGAGUUAACCACUUUCACUUUCUCUACAAUCACCCCUCUCUCCCUCCUCCUCACCAACUUCAGGGAUGUAAGAGCUAGAGGACACAACUUAAGCCUAGACAUUCACAAAAGAAAGUUGAUCACCUACUGCCGCUCUGAAUGGCCCACCUUUGGGGUCAAUUGGCCUACAGAGGGAACCUUCUGCCUCCCUGUGGUCCUUAAAGUAAAAUCAAGAAUUUUCCUACCAGGGAAAGAAGGUCACCCGGAUCAGAUUCCCUGUAUUCUGGUGUGGCGAGAUUUAGUGGAAAACCCACCUCCCUGGAUGGCCUCUUUCUUAACAACAGGGCCAUGCAAAAUCCUAGCGGCUAAACCUACCAACCCUCCAAAGCCACAAACUCCAAAUGCACCCCCUGUUCUCCCCGACAGCCAAGAUUUACUUUCCCUUGACCCUCCCCCUUACCAGAUUCCUCCUCUUAUUCCGCAAGCUGCCCCUAUCCCUGCUCCCGACCCCAUUUCCCCUGCGCCAGCAGAGCCUCCCAUAGCCCAGCCGAUAGAAGAACUAGAAAAUAGGGAGGCUCAACCCAUGCCCAUGUCUAAUGGGGGCACAAUCCAAGGGAUUCCGCCUCCCAAUGAUACGGGGAACCCCCGACUUCAAUACUGGCCCUUCUCUACCAGUGACCUAUAUAACUGGAAAACCCAGAAUGCCCGAUUUUCUGAUAACCCUAAAGAUUUAAUAGCUCUCCUGGACACCGUUAUGUUCACCCACCAACCCACCUGGGAUGAUUGUCAGCAACUCCUCCGAAUCCUGUUCACCACCGAGGAGCGAGAAAGAAUUCAAUUGGAAGCAAGAAAGCUGGUUCCUGGAGAUGACGGCCAGCCUACUGCUAACCUUGAUCUCAUUAAUGCAGCUUUUCCCUUGACCCGACCCCCACAGGAUGGCUGGGACUACAACACGACAGAAGGUAGGGGACGACUGUGCAUUUAUCGCCAGACUCUAAUGGCGGGUCUCCGGGCUGCUGCAUGCAAGCCCACUAAUUUGGCGAAAGUAUAUUCAGUAGUACAAGGUAAAACAGAGAGCCCUGCUGCUUAUUUAGAAAGACUAAUGGAAGCCUUCAGACAGUAUACCCCCAUGGACCCAGAGACCCCCGAAAAUUAAGCUGCCGUUGUAAUGGCCUUUGUAAACCAGGCAGCCACUGAUAUUAAAAAGAAACUCCAGAAACUACAAGACCUGGAGGGAAAACAAAUUCAGGACUUACUCCGCAUUGCCCAGCGUGUGGACAGGCAACUUAAAGCUACUGAAAAAAUGACCAAAGUCCUGGCUGCUGUUGUCCAAAAGCCCCUAGAUAAAGACCAAUGUGCCUAUUGCAAAGAAAAAGGCCAUUGGGCCCGAGAAUGCCCUAAAAAGAAAAGGCCACGUCAUAAUCAAAAACCGUGGCAGCCAAAAACCACACCCGCCCUCUUCACUCAAGAUGCAGAAUAGGGGGGACGGGGCUCAGAUCCCCUCCCCAAACCUAGGGUAACGCUACAAGUGGAGGGGAACCCAGUUCAAUUCCUAGUCGACACAAGGGCACAACAUUUGGUCUUGAUCAGACCCCAUGGGAAAAUUUCUGAAAAAUCUUCCUGGGUCCAAGGGGCUACCGGAAUAAAAAAAUAUUCCUGGACCACCCAGAGGACUGUGGUCCUAGGAAGCGGAAAGGUCACCCAUUCCUUCCUAGUCAUCCCCUACAGUCCCUGCCCCUUAUUGGGAAGAGACUUACUCACUAAAAUGGGGGCUCAGAUUCAUUUCAUGCCAGGGGGCCCCCAAGUGACUGACCUCCACAACCAACCCAUUUCCGUACUUACUCUAAGAUUAGAAGAUGAAUAUCGACUUCAUCAGGAGCCACCCUCACAAAAUCACAACAUAGAGCCCUGGCUCCAGCAGUUUCCAGAGGCAUGGGCCGAAACUGGGGGUAUGGGGUUGGUUAAGCAUCGCCCAGCUCUAUUCAUAGAAGUGAAGCCAGGGGCAGAUCCGGUCCGGGCCCGACAAUACCCGAUGUCAAUAGAGGCUAGAAAUGGCAUCACGCCACAUAUCCGUCGCCUCCUAGACUUGGGCAUCUUGCAUCCCUGUCAUUCAGCCUGGAACACCCCCCUACUGCCUGUACAAAAACCUAAUAGUGCGGACUACUGUCCGGUACAAGAUCUGAGAGAAGUUAACCACCGAGUCAUGGACAUACACCUGACAGUUCCCAACCCCUAUACCCUCCUAAGUGCCCUCAACCCAGAAAGACAAUGGUAUACUAUCCUCAAUUUAAAAGACGCUUUUUUCAGCCUGCCUCUGGCCCCCAAAAGCCAAGAACUCUUUGCCUUCGAGUGGUCCGAUCCUGAGAGGGGCAUAAAUGGACAACUCACCUGGACCCGGCUUCCCCAAGGAUUCAAAAACUCACCCACCUUGUUCGAUGAAGCACUUCACGAAGAUCUGGGUGAGUAUCGGAGUCGAAACCCCGAAGUGACUCUCUUGCAGUACGUCGACCAUCGUUUAAUAGCCGCUGAGACCGCCGAAGCCUGCUUGCAAGGCACCAGGAACCUUCUCCGGACACUUGGUGCCCUAGGAUACCGGGCUUCAGCAAAGAAAGCCCAAAUUUGUAGAUCUGAGGUAACCUACUUGGGGUACCUGUUAAGAGGAGGACAACGGUGGCUCACUGAUGCACGGAAGGAAACCGUCCUCCGCAUCCCCCGACCCACAACGUGAAGGCAGGUAAGAGAAUUCCUGGGAUCGGCCAGGUUCUGCAGCUUGUGGAUACCUCGGUUUGCCGAGAUGGCUAAGCCUCUUUACCUGGUCACCCGAGAACAGGCGCCCUUUGAGUGGACAGAGGAAACUGAGCAGGCUUUCCAGCAAAUUAAACUCGCCCUGUUGACAGCGCCAGCCUUAGGGCUCCCCAAUGUCUCCAAAGCCUUUCAUCUCUUCAUAGAUGAAAGCAAGGGGAUAGCCAAAACAGUACUGACGCAACCUCUUGGUCCAUGGCCCAGGCUCGUCGCCUACCUUUCAAAAAGACUAGACCCAGUGGCGGCUCGCUGGCCUCCUUGCCUCCGGAUGAUCGCUGCUACAGCUCUAAUGGUAAAAGAUGCCGAUAAAUUAACUAUGGGACAAGAGUUACAUGUUACAACCCCCCAUGCCAUUGAGGGACUCCUCAAACAACCUCCUGACUGAUGGAUAAGUAAUGCCCGACUGAUUCACUACCAGGGGCUAUUAUUAAAUCCCCUCAGAAUCAUUUAUGCUCCCCCCCAAACACUAAACCCUGCCUCCAUGUUACCAGACCCGGACUUAGAUAUCCCCCUCCAUGACUGCGAUGAAAUAUUGGCACAGGUUCAUGGCAUUCGGGAAGAUUUACAGGAUCACCCUCUACCAGACGCUGAGGUCACCUGGUUCACUGAUGGCAGUAGCUUUGUACAUCAGGGUCGAAGGUACGCAGGGGCAGCAGUCACAACUGAAACUGAGACUGUUUGGGCAGAGCCUUUGCCAGCUGGCACCUCUGCCCAACGGACUGAACUUGUGGCCUUAACCAAGGCACUGACUUUGGGAAAAGACAAGAGACUAAACAUGUAUACCGAUAGCAGAUAUGCUUUUGCUACGGCCCACAUACAUGGAGCUAUAUACAGAGAGAGGGGACUGUUAACUGCAGAGGGGAAAACUAUCAAAAACAAAGAAGAAAUAUUGGCUCUUUUAAAGGCACUCUGGCUGCCUAAACGACUAGCCAUCAUACAUUGCCCAGGCCACCAAAAACCGAUCACACCAGUGGCCAGAGGAAAUAAUUUGGCUGACCAGGUGGCCCGAGAGGUGGCCUUACAGGUGGACUAUACUUUAAUGACCACCCUACCAGACCCUGGUUCAGCUAGUUUACCAGGAAGUCCCACCUACACUAAAGAAGACCUAAACUGGAUCCAAAAAUUGCCUUUGACUCAGUGCCUUAACGGAUGGUGGAGAGCAGCAGACUGUAGCAUAAUCCUCCCAGAAGAAAUGGGAAAUAAAGUCUUAUCCAAGAUGCACCGAGCCACUCAUAUGGGCACAAGAAAAAUGCAAGACUUAAUGAGACAUGCUAGGAUCACCAUUAAAGACUCCAGGACAAAAAUUGAACAGAUAGUUGCUAGCUGUAAAGCUUGCCAACUAACUAACGCUACCAACCACGGGAAAAACCCUGGCUCCAGGACCCGCGGAACCAGGCCGGGAGCCUAUUGGGAAGUAGACUUCACCGAGGUAAAGCCGGGAAAAUAUGGAUAUAAAUAUUUGUUAGUGUUUAUAGAUACCUUUUCAGGAUGGACAGAGGCCUUCCCCACCAAGCAUGAGACUGCGCAGGUAGUAGCAAAGAAAAUGUUGGAAGACAUCAUGCCCAGGUACAGAUUCCCUACCCUAAUAGGAUCAGACAACGGACCAGCACUCAUUUCAAAGGUAAUACAAGGGAUAGCGCAGUUUAUUGGGGCUGAUUGGAAACUACAUUGUGCGUAUAGACCCCAAAGCUCAGGACAGGUAGAAAGAAUGAAUAGAACUCUAAAAGAGACCUUAACUAAAUUGACCAUGGAGACUGGCGCUAACUGGGUAGUCUUACUCCCCUACACUCUGUUCAGGGUGCGAAACUCCCCCUACAAACUGGGAUUAACCCCCUUUGAAAUCAUGUGUGGAGUACCCCCUCCUAUAAUUCCCAACCUACAGUCUAAUGUGUCAACUGAAUUUGAUGAUCAUAAACUUCUUAUUUCCCUGAGGGAACUCCAGCACACACACCAGGAAGUUUGGCCCAGAUUGAGAGCCAUUUAUGAGAGCGGGCCCCCUCCUGAGCCGCAUCACUACGGACCCGGAGACUGGGUAUACGUGCGGAGACAUAAGCAAGAGACCCUCCAACCACGGUGGAAGGGACCCUACAUUGUGAUCCUCACUACACCCACCACUCUCAAGGUCAACGGGAUCACCACCUGGAUCCAUUACACCCACGCCCGACCAGUUGAUCCAUUUGCGGUUGGAGAAGACUUCCUGCCGGAAGCCAACACCGCCUGGACGGUUGACCAGAGUAAGAUCCAUCCUUUAAAAUUGACUCUGCAUCGAAAACCUGACCCCAAAAACCGGCUAAGACCAAAGGCCUGGGUGUCCCAUACCAAGACAGUUGCAGCAACUCAGGACCCACAAUGAUCGAAGGAACACUCACUAGCAUGCUCCUGCUCACCUCCUACAGACUGAUAAGUAUGGCGGGCAACCCCCACACACCCUAUACUUUAACUUGGGAGGUUUCUAAUUGGGAAACCCAUGAAGUCUAUAACACCACCACAAAGUCAGACACCCCACUAAAUAGCUGGUGGCCAGACUUAUACUUUAAUUUAGAAAAAGUAGCAGUCUCUACUGGAUUAACCCCCUUUGACAAGCAGCGCAGGUCUGCUGCAGUGUACCAACAAAAUAAAUUCCGAGAUGAGGGGUUCUAUGCCUGCCCCGGGUUCAGAACCGGAGCGAUGACAAAAACCUGUAGAGGGCUCGAAUCCCUCUACUGCAAGGCUUGGAGUUGUGUCACUACUAAUGAUGGGAGCUGGAAAUGGCACGUAAAGCCCCAAUAUAUUAAAAUGUCAUUUAUUAAGCCAUGCAACAAAGCCCAACGCGGGCACACGGUAGUGAACCCGGCGCCCAUCCGUGAUCCCGAUUGCAACCUUGUCCAAAUCAAAUUUCUAGAAGAUGGAAAAAAAGAAACUAGAUGGACCACUGGGCUUAGUUGGGGAAUCUAUUUAUAUCGGGAACCACCCUACUAGGCAACUGUUAUUCAGAUAAAACUAAAGGUAGAACCCAAGGUUCCACCAACCCUAAUAGGGCCAAACCAGUCAGUAUGGCCCACAAGAAAGCCUAAUACUACCCCGCGGUCCACAAAUAAGGGUACUAAUUCUCCGGCCACUCAGGUGGUCACUGUAACUGGGACUACUCCAAGAAAACCCCAAAAAAUUCAAAUCCCAUUCAAAGAUGACCCCUUAUGGGUAAUGAUGAAUACCACUUAUAAGGCCUUAAAUCAUACUAAACCCAAUGAAACAGAAGCUUGUUGGCUGUGCUAUUCCACAAAACCUCCAUUUUACGAGUCAGUAGCAAUAGUAGGAAAUUAUAGCACUGCAAACAACUCAGACACUUGCAAUUGGGGACAGAGAAGACCCGGCCUCACACUACCAGUGCUUAUGGGAAAUGGGACAUGUAUAGGAACAGUGCCAACAAAAUAUAGCCACUUAUGCAUAAGUAACAGGAAUAUAUUCAAUACUUCAUAAAACUGGAUUAUUCCACCAAAUAACUCAUGGUGGCUUUGUUCUCACACGGGAUUAACUCCCUGCCUCUAUAAGGAUAUGUUCAAUCAGUCAGAAUUCUGUGUAAUGGUAAUUGUGUUCCCAAAAAUCAUAUACCACACAACUGAGUAUAUAGACCAGAU